GGCGGUUGGGACCAGGCUCCGCUCUGUGAGGGUCGGGCGCCGGGCAGGCGUGUGGGCCCCGGGCCGGCCUCGGCGGGAGGGGCAGGGGCUGAGCUCUGCCGUGCCCCAGGGAAGAUAGUUACAGCGCAGUGAGACCGGCCCGGCCCGGCCCUGCCCUGCGGCACGCACAGAGCAGGACGGGCAGCCGCCUCCUCUGAGCUCCGCACGGCCGGCGCCUGGCCCAGUACGGCCCGUGGGCGGGGCCCAGCCAGUUUCACUCGCCGCCCCAAAUUGCGCCAGAGCCUUGGCCCGAUCUGCUUGCGGGACCAUGCUCCAGCGCGGUCGCCCUGUGCGCGGCCCGCUCCCCGGCGGCGGCUGGUGUUCCGUUUCUUCCCUUCUGCUGCGAGUGGGGGCGUGAUGGACUGCGCAGUUUGUAUGGGUGGGUGGUUUUGAACAGACCCGAAAGAUCCAGACUUCCCUGUUCCAGCAUUAUAAGACCCCGGGGUGCUGUUUGGCAAGAAGGAGUUGGUGUCAGCAGGCCACAAUUUGCGUGCACCUAGUUUUAUCUACAGCAAAGGCGCAUUUCAUUGGUCCGUUGUGUGUAAAGCAGUCUGGGAUCUUUCAGUCCGAAAGGUUGAAACUUAUAUGGCAGUCAUUUAUAUGGAUCUGUGAUGGAUCUAUAACUAUGUCCCAAGUCAAGCCAACGUCAUUUUGACCUUCCUCUUCUGAAUGUGAAGGAACAUUUUGAACAGUGAAGUUGCAAGAUCUUACUCAUCAAGACAACUGGAACCAUGUUGUGCUGGGGAAAUGCAUCCUUUGGACAGCUUGGAUUAGGUGGAAUUGAUGAAGAGAUUGUAUUGGAACCCAGAAAAAGUGACUUUUUCCUAAAUAAAAAGGUCCGAGAUGUAGGAUGUGGACUCAGACACACUGUUUUUGUCCUGGAUGAUGGGACUGUGUAUACAUGUGGAUGUAAUGAUCUAGGACAAUUAGGGCAUGAAAAAUCCAGAAAGAAACCAGAACAUGUUGGUGCCCUGGAUGCCCAAAAUAUUGUGUCUGUUUCAUGUGGAGAAGCCCACACACUAGCAUUAAAUGACAAGGGUCAAGUGUAUGCUUGGGGUCUUGCUAAUGAUGGACAGCUAGGCUUGCCUGGAACAGAGGAAUGUGUCCGAAUACCCAGAAAUAUCAAAAGCUUAUCAGAUAUCCAAAUAAUGCAAGUUGCCUGUGGCUACUAUCACUCACUUGCACUCUCAAAAGGAAGUGAAGUUUAUUCCUGGGGACAGAAUAAAUAUGGCCAACUGGGUAUAGGUUAUGAAUUUAAAAAGCAGACUUCACCUCAACUGAUUAAAUCUUUACUGGGAAUCCCUUUUGCACAAAUUGCAGCAGGAGGAGCACAUAGUUUUGUACUAACUCUUUCCGGAGCCAUUUUUGGAUGGGGACGCAACAAAUUUGGUCAACUUGGUCUUAAUGAUGAAAAUGACAGAUAUGUUCCUAAUCUGCUGAAGUCCCUAAGAUCUCAGAAAAUUAUUCACAUCUGUUGUGGAGAAGAUCAUACUGCUGCUCUUACAAAGGAAGGUGGGGUUUUUACAUUUGGAGCUGGAGGCUAUGGACAGUUGGGUCAUAAUUCUACCAGCCAUGAGAUAAACCCAAGGAAAGUUUUUGAACUUAUGGGAAGCAUUGUCACACAGAUCGCUUGUGGGAGGCAGCACACCUCUGCAUUUGUGCCUUCGUCUGGAAGAAUUUACUCCUUUGGUCUUGGAGGUAAUGGACAGUUAGGAACAGGAUCAACCAGUAAUAGGAAAAGUCCCUUCACGGUAAAAGGAAACUGGAUUCCUUAUAGUGGGCAGUGCCUACCAAGCACAGACAGUGAAGAAUAUUAUUGUGUAAAGAGAAUUUUCUCUGGUGGAGAUCAAAGUUUUUCACACUACUUUAAUCCACAGAACAUGAUGCCACCAGAUGACUUCAGAUGUCCUGACUCUUCAAAGCAGAUCUGGACUGUGAAUGAAGUAUUUAUUCAGAAAUUGCUGACUUAUCCAUCUGGAAGGCUUCCUGUGGAGAUAGCUGAUGAAAUAGAUGGAACAUUUUCUUCAGCUGGCUGCCUAAAUGGGAGUUUUUUAGCUGUCAGCAAUGAUGAUCACUAUAGAACUAGUGCUCGAUUCUCGGGGGUUGAUAUGAACGCUGCUAGACUACUAUUUCACAAACUUAUAAGUCCUGACUAUCCUCGUAUAUCACAACAGGUUGCAGCUAGUUUGGAGAAGAACCUUAUUCCUAAAUUGACUACUUCCUUACCAGAUGUUGAAGCCCUAAGGCUGUAUCUCACUCUACCAGAAUGCCCACUGAUGAGUGAUGUGAACAAUUUUACAACAUUAGCUAUUCCUUUUGGAACAGCUGUUGUAAAUCUAGAAAAAGCUCCACUGAAAGUACUUGAAAACUGGUGGUCUAUACUUGAACCUCCAUUGUUCCUCAAGAUAGUGGAGCUGUACAAGGAUGUUGUGGUCCACCUCUUAAAAUUAUACAAGAUUGGUAUCCCCAAUUCUGAAAGAAGAAUCUUUACCAGUUUUCUACACACUUCUCUCAAAGUUCUGGAAAUUUUACAUAGGGUAAAUGAGAGAGGAGGACAAAUUAUACAGUAUGACAAAUUUUACAUUCAUGAAAUACAAGACUUGAUAGAUAUCAGAAAUGACUACAUCAACUGGAUCCAGCAGCAGGCAUAUGGAAUGGACAUCAACCAUGGAUUAACUGAGCUAACAGAAAAUCCAGUUACAAUUUGCACAUACCCUUUCGUGUUCGAUGCGCAGGCAAAGACUACACUCUUGCAAACAGAUGCUGUCUUACAAAUGCAGAUGGCUGUUGACCAGGCUCACAGACAGAAUUUCUCAUCUAUUUUUCUCCCUGUAUUUGAAUCUGUCAAUCCUUGUCUAAUAUUAGUGGUGCGCAGAGACAAUAUUGUAGGAGAUGCUAUGGAAGUCCUAAGGAAAACAAAGAAUGUAGAUUACAAGAAACCACUCAAGGUUAUUUUUGUAGGGGAAGAAGCUGUUGAUGCAGGAGGUGUUCGCAAAGAAUUUUUCUUGCUCAUCAUGAGAGAGUUGCUUGAUCCCAAAUAUGGAAUGUUUAGGUACUAUGAAGAGUCCAGGCUCAUCUGGUUCUCUGACAAGACCUUUGAAGACAGUGACUUGUUCCAUUUGAUUGGUGUUGUCUGUGGGCUUGCAAUAUAUAAUUUUACUAUUGUAGACCUUCAGUUCCCCUUGGCUUUGUACAAGAAGCUGUUGAAUAAGAAGCCUUCCCUAGAUGACUUAAAAGAGUUAAUGCCUGAUGUUGGCAGAAGUAUGCAGCAGUUACUGGACUAUCCAGAAGAUGACAUAGAGGAGACAUUUUGUCUCAACUUUACAAUCACUGUGGAAAAUUUUGGAACAACAGAAGUAAAAGAGCUGGUUCCUAAAGGUGCUGACGUUCCUGUGGUCAAACAAAAUAGGCAAGAAUUUGUAGAUGCCUAUGUGGAUUAUAUCUUCAGUAAAUCAGUGGCUUCCUUAUUUGAUGCAUUCCAUGCAGGCUUUCAUAAAGUGUGUGGUGGUAAAGUUCUUCAGCUCUUCCAGCCCAGUGAGCUGCAGGCGAUGGUGAUUGGGAACACAAAUUAUGAUUGGAAAGAACUGGAGAAGAACACAGAGUAUAAAGGAGAAUAUUGGGCAGACCAUCCUACAAUUAAAAUCUUUUGGGAUGUUUUUCACGAGUUACCACUGGAAAAGAAAAAGCAGUUUCUGUUGUUUUUAACAGGCAGUGAUCGUAUUCCUAUUCUUGGAAUGAAGUGUCUUAAACUAGUCAUCCAGCCAACAGGAGGUGGAGAAGGGUAUCUUCCAGUAUCUCACACUUGCUUUAAUCUUCUUGAUCUUCCAAAAUACACAGACAAAGAAACCCUAAAAUCUAAGCUGAUCCAGGCAAUAGAUCACAAUGAAGGUUUCAGUUUAGUAUAACUUUAGAAAUGAGAUAUCGUAGUUUAAUGUGGAAGCAUUAAACUAAUUCUUUGUGUCUUUCUUGUGGUGGUAAAUUCAGUGGACACGUUGACAAUGUAACAACUGGUUAUUUACAAAAUGUUCAGUGAUAUGAAUAUUCAUGGAAGCCAAAAAGUCCUUACAAACAUGAACUGUUAAUACACAGCUUGUAAAGAACCAUGUUUUUGUCAUCUUAAAAUAAAAAUGAGACUGAAUGAGACUCAAGUUUCACUACGGUGAAUUUCAGCAUUUCACAUUAUAAAAACAAUUUAGUGUAUGAGUGCAUGAAAGACUUGCUUAAUUUUUUUCAAUCACAGAGGUGAAAACACUUUUUCCUAUUAUGAUAGUCCCAUUUGAUUAUUUUUCAUUUUGUAAAUAAAGCUUUGUAAUAGAAUAGUUUCAGUUCUGAUAGCAGUAUGGUUUCUAUUGUGUGUAAUUAAACUUGAGCUUAUUCUAUGGCUUUUAACAAAAGAAGAGUGAUUCUGGAGAUGUAUUUUUCCAGUGGUGGGGUUUUUUUUGAUUUGUUUCUUUUUGAAAACUUAAUGAAAACAAUGAUGGUUGAAAUGACGCUGCCCUUUAUGAUGUACAGUCCAAUUUCUGUGGUGCAAUCACUGAUUUGUGCUGGUGCAAAACUACAAAUUUGGCUUCUGUUAAGAUGGAUGAGAAGACUCAAUAGGUAAUUUAAUUUUAUUACUGAUGGUAUAAUUAAAUUGAUAAAAUUAUGAGGGAUUAAUUUAGCAUUGGGAAUCCAACCUCUGCAGCCGUAGGUUAAAAACAAAGGAGGAGCAAGACAGUUACUAUCAAGAGUUCAAAUAUUUCAUUUUUAAAUGUUGAGUGUGUAGUUUUUGGUCACCUUCUUCCAGCUAAAAUGCAUUUGAAAUACCCUUUUAACCCUUUUUGGAACUUCUUUUGAAUUUUAAUAUAAGUACUCUGAGAUGACUGCUUAAUGGCACGUUUUCAGAUUUGACUUUCCUGGACUGGUUAAGUUCCAGCAUACUUACGUCUUAUUGAUACAUAUGUGACUUUCAGCUGUGAAACAAAUAUUUAUUUUUUUUUAGAUUUUUAAAAUGCAGUGAAAACAAAGCUAAAAUAAAAUACUUGAAUGAAA